UAUUAAAAAUGAAGUGUUAUGAUGAUGGAGUAUUUUGAUUGGGGAUGGAAAUCGAACUAAAACUUGUAUGGGACAUUCUUUAUAUUUUGUCAUUGACACUUGUGGUUGAAACGUUCGCUUAUUAUUACGUUUAUUAUGUAGAAAAUCGUGAGGAGGUUAUACAUGUUUAAAAAAUCAAUAGAUUUAAUAACAGCCUAGUUAUUUCUUGAAUCACAGUCCAUAUUUGCAUAUUUAUGUUUGACUAAGUAAUUUACUUAUUGUGCCACUGAUUGCCGAUGCCGGUUUUUGGAAAGUGUUUGUUAAGUUAUUUUACCAUAGUUAUUUUAAACUAGGCUACGUUGGCCUACACACACACGGUAUACAGACGAUACAACUUAGGCUACGUUUCCUAAUUUCAGAAAGUUAAACUGUGCAAAUAAACUGCUUGUGGGAUGCUAUACUUAAAAUUUUCUAUUCAAGUUAUAACUGAACUAUAAUAAUGACCAAUAAUAUAGUUUGUAACUACUUAUUUUGGUUUAAUAUUUUAAUGAAGUUGGCGAGUGUUUUUGCCAGUGAUGAAUUCAGUUGCCCACCUUUUUGUGUUUGCUCCAAAUCAAGUAGGCCUACUAAAUUUAAAUGUGGUGGAAACGACUUCAAGUUAUCAUCAUUAGAUGAUCUUGAUUUCGGAAAUUUGUCCAACAGUUCAGAUGUUAUAAAUUUAGAUCUGUCAGAGAAUAACUAUACAAGUAUUCCAUCUAGAGUUUUUUCUCUGCCAAAUCUUCAAAAAUUGUAUCUCAACAACAACUCAAUAUCAAAAAUAGAAGAUGGAGCAUUCUCUAAUGUACCAAAUUUAAAACUACUGGAUCUCUCUAACAACAGAUUUCGGCGUAUCACAAGGAAAACAUUUGAAAAUCUUCAUAAACUAGAAAAAUUGAAGAUAAGUCAGAAUUUCCUGAGUCAAAUUAAAGAAGGAACAUUUGAUGAACUGGAAGCUCUAAAACAGAUUGACCUGACAGGCAACCCACUGGUGUGUGAUUGUGCUCUGUGGUGGAUCCUAGAGUGGUCCAAGAACACACCAGUCAAGUUGUCUCCUGUGCCCAAGUGUAGCGCUCCUUCACUGUUGAGAGGACAACCACUGAGGAAGAUCAAGGGAGGGACACAGUGUGCCUGGCCUCACAGUGAAUAUGACUCUGCUGCCCUGGAACUCAACCCCAGUCACAAUCAAGUUGUGUUUGAGGGUGACUCGUUGAACCUACAAUGUCGAGCUCUAACUGGAGACAUUGACUCUGAUGAUUCAGUCAACUGGCUCUGGGCAAACAAGGAUCCUACCGACGUCUUCCACCACUCUAUACAAGUACAGAACAAACACAUCAAGGACAACGGCUUCAUAGAAAGUUUGCUGAUAAUAAACCAUCUUGAGUCCAAUCACAGUGGCCAAUGGCGGUGUCAGUUGUAUACUGAUGAUGGCAAUCACACAUCUAGUAUAUCUGUCAUAGUCAUCAGCAACCAGACUAUCUACUGCCCAAUCACAGUAACUAGUGACAACAAGGGUGUGUAUACAUGGCCCAAGACUGUGGGAGGUCAUCUGGUAGAGAUUCCCUGUAUCGUAGAGGGAGCUACUACACAGGCAUCCUACAUGUGUGGGUCCAGCGGUCAGUGGGAGCAGCUCUUUACUGACAACUGUCCCUUUGCCAGUGAGACCACUCGUAUACUAGAACAAUUCUCCAAGAUGAAUUUAAACUCAAGCGAGGGAAGUGUCAUUGAAAGCCUCCGUCGGUUCCACAACUUCACGUGUGACGAAACUCGUCAGUUUGUAGAUAAAGUGGAUAUAGCUUUCAUUGCAACGACCGUAGACAACUACCUAAGCCACGUGCCUCGUGAACAAGAGCUAGGAGACUUACUGGUAGAGGUGGUGAAUGCAGUGAUGAGACAACCUAGAGGAGUGCUGACUGAGGCCCAACACAGCUUCAAUGCCUGCACCCGUCUUGUGUCUGCUGUAGAGACCAUCACUCAGUUCACUCCUGCAUUCCAAGCACACAAGAGCAAUGUAGCUGUGCAAGAGAUUGCCAUCACUCGCCGUGAUUUCCAUGGACUCACUUGUACUUGGUAUAGCCACAAUGGAGUCAUCACGGAUUUUCACUGCCUUAUAGCAAACGACACAGCAUAUAUUGGGAAAAAAGAUAAGACAGUAGAGGCAUCCAUCCAGGUGCCUGCUAGACUCUUUGAACAGCUGGAGGUCCAAGGCAUUCCCUCUAGCCCCUCUGGAGAACAUUUGCUGGUGGCUAUGUACAGCAAUGGAGGCCUCUUCCCCCACUUCAACACCAGCAAACAAGUCACCUCCUUUGUGGUUGGCAGCAAACUCAUUGGCAUGUUAGUAGAGCAGCUGAGUGAGCCAGUGUAUGUCAUGUUGAGAGCUCCUCUCAGUGGCUCUCCACGACCCGCCUGGUGGCACCCUCCCUCUCUCUCAUGGAGACAAGAAGGUUGCCAGCUUUCUGACUUUCUGCAUGGUCUCUUGGUGUUCCAGUGUAAUCGACUGGGCUAUUUUGCACUUUUACAAGAUACGUCUCAUCUAUUGUCCACCAACAAAGUGGUGGUCCGCAACCGUUCCAGAUUACCACAGCCAGCUGUGUUAGUGGGCACGUUUGUUAGUGUCACUUGUAUGAUAGUGACUACUCUCACAUAUAUGGUCUGCUACUCUACCAUACAGAUGUCCAACAAAGCCAAGCACUCUCUGUCCAACACUUGGCUGGCCAUCUCAGCCCUCUGCUUGGUAUUCAGUCUUGGAAUAUAUGAGACAGAGGAUUUAGUAACUUGUGAAGUGAUUGGUCUCCUAGUCCAUUAUUUCACUCUGUGUUCCUUGUUCUGGAUGGCAGUAACAAUAAACGGCAUGUACAAGAGAAUGAGGCAGCCUGAGGUGGUGACUGCUGGCUCAGAGGACUUAGCUGAGCCUGUAGUGGUCGGCCAACCACUGGUGGGAUUGUACCUGGUAGGGUGGGGAGUAGCUGGGCUACUGUGUGGCCUCAGUGGGGCUGUCAACCUGCCACACUAUGCUCCUCCAUGUCACUGCAGCCUGGGCCCUGGGCCAGGAGUGAGUGCAUUGACUGUGCCAUGUGUGGGAGUGGUGCUCUAUCUCCUAGCUCGCUCUCUGAUGGUGCGAUGUGCUACACUCAGCAUAGAGAGUAACGCUCAGCUGUCAGAAGGCACUCAAGCAACUGACCUAGAACUGCUAGACAACAAUGUACCCCUGGAGAGAAGCAGCCUUCACAGUGUCGUCACGCCUUCCAGUCAAGUGGAAGACCUUGAACACUGCCCCUCCACCCAAUUAAAGGCUUUCCUAAUUGUUUUGAUGCUCUUCAUUCUUAUUUGGAUAUCUGCAGCACUAUCAGUUCUAAAGCCUUUCAACAUACCUUACGAAGAAACAAUAUUUAGCUUCUCAUACGCUUUUUUCAUACUAAAUCUCGGAAUAUUUGUCAUCUUCUUUCAUUGCUUUGCGAGAAACGAUGUGAGAUCAGGAUGGUUCUCAGUCAAGCCUUGUUUCAGAACAAGGAAUGUUUCUGAUUCUCGAGCUGCUCCACCUCCAUUAGUCUCUUCGUCGGAUAGUUUAAAUUCGAGUUCGGGGUUGAAAUCUGCAGCAAUCACUUUAAAUUCCUCUCCACCCCAAGGAGUGAAUAAAAACGCAUCUCCUGCAAAUCUCAACUUGGUGUUACUGCAUAGGAGGCAGUACCACACUAAUAAUCUGGUCAAUAGCGGAAACGAAGCAGAGGUGUUUUACAAUCCCCAUCAGAGCGGGGUCGCACGCAAGUUCUUCAAGAAGCAGCGUCGUAAGCAGAACAAUCUUGGUACCAGGCGAUGUGGAGACGGAGGGGGCUCCCCAGGUCCCUUCAUAGGAGGAGCCAAAGUCAACAACACUAACUUCCAUGUGGAAUUCCCUGAGCAGCGACCUUCCUCCAACCCAAACAUCCUCCAUGGGGAGGCUCCACUGGAGCGCUUGGUCAUUGGAGCUGAAGGGUCUCAACCCAUCCUCAACAAUGAUGGCAGCUUCAGAGUUGGAUACUCUACUGAAGAUCAGGUGCCAAGUGAAUGUAGUGUUGUCGACACUGACUGUGGCCGAGGUAUGUCAGCGAAGCAGAGUUGUGGCUCCUGUCACAUUGCUGUUUCCGACCAGUCAGACGGCAGCCACCUCUACGCCACCAUUGACCCUCCAUCACCUUUCCACAAGAGGCGAAAACAUCGCCCCAUGCCUAUUGGUCUCACAAUAGAUUCAAAGAACGAGUGUGUACGAGUGAACCUGGGAACUCACGACUAUUCGGUUCCGAUCACCAGUGACUCGGAGCAAAAGUGCUCAGACGACUCCAACACGGAUAAAAAAGAAACAUGUGUUUGAUAUCAACUUCACUCGUCACACAUUAACAGUGACGACACCAUGACGUCUAGACUCUAAACUGCUAGUAGCAGAUGGAGGUCAAGGUGACCCAACUAAUUCUGUGCAUCACUCAAUAUACUAGGGAUGGACGAGAUUGGAUUUUUAGUUCGAGACGAGAUUUUUUAUUUCUCAUAAAAUUUCGAGACGAGAUCGAGACGGGAUUUCCCUUCUCAUACACAACGGGAAAUGCACGUUCGGAAUUUUUACCUGAUUUUGUAACAUUGUUAGAUGACUGUUUAAAUACUUAGGCGAUCCAGAAAGUAAAGAACGUUUCGUUAUGACGCC